CAAUCAUUGUUCAUUGUUGUCAAUUAACAAUUUAGAAAUUGUGAAUUUUUCGCUGAACAGGAAAAACAUUUUAAGUAAAUUAUUUAGGUAUUGCUUGCUUAUUAUCAAAAGAAAACUGUAUUGCAAGAAUAAAUUGUGUUCUGUAGUGUACCUAAUCGAACUUAUUUACCAUGAAUCCUAUAUCAAUGGACAGGGAUGAACCGUCAUCACUCACAUCAGUCUCAACAAAUCAUCCUUUAGAACAAUUUAUACUGUUAGCGAAAGGAGCCAAAGGUUCAGCAUGUGCAGAACUCAUCAAGCAAGUCUUAGAAGCUCCAGGGGUACAUGUAUUCGGAGAACUACUUGAAAUGCCAAAUAUAAAAGAGUUAGAAACUGGCCAGUAUGCAACACAUUUCAAAACACUCAACUUAUUUGCAUACGGCACAUACAAAGACUACCUGGAAAACAAAUCAGAAUACCUAGAACUAACACCAGUGCAGUGCAAGAAGCUGCAGCACUUGACCAUAGCAACACUGGCCACACAGGAGAAAUGUAUCCCAUAUAGUGUGCUACUUAAAGAAUUAGAUAUCAAGAAUGUUAGAGAUUUAGAGGAUCUAAUCAUUGAAGCUAUUUAUGCAGAUAUAAUCCAUGGCAAGUUAGACCAAGAGUGCAAACGUGUAGAAGUAGAUGUAGCUCUCGGUCGAGAUGCUAGACUAGAGGAUGCUGCAGCCAUAGCAGAUGUGUUGGCAGACUGGUGCAAUGCGUGUGAGGCUGUGCUCAACUCAGUGGACAGACACAUCCAGCGUGCCAACCACAGGAAACAGUGUGCCAUUAGACACCAGCAGGCUAUUGAGCAGGAGAUAAUGUACAUAAAGAAGACUCAAAAGACUCAAGGCGAGAGCGAGGAAUCGGCCUCAGGCGCCGGCAGUGAGUCCCACUCGGCGCCCAAGAAGAACUCCAGCAAAGGCAAGGCGCCGCGCGCCGGCAAGUUCUGGCAGAAAACCACUUAACUGUGCUCCUCGUGAUUAUAUUAUUAUAAUAAAUGCUUAGAUACUACCUUCCUGAA